UUAUCGAUGCACGGAUAUCUGGAGUUCAGCGAUCCGCCUGAGCACUUCACCUACCCUCUCUCGUUUCCGAACAAGGACUGGCCCAAGAAAAAUGACCCCUCUUUCAUCGGAAUAUUCUACAGCAAAUGCCGGAUCGGAGCUCUUAGAGCUUCCGACGUAGAUCAGCGCGCACCAGGAGUCUAUUUCAGGCUGGAGAGAGAUUUGCAGUCUCGGACGGACAUUUUUGGAGUAGAAAUGCGAGAGCGCUUAAUGUGGGACAUUCGCGAAGGGGUCGUAGGGGCUGAAACUUUCAUCCCCAAACACUCUGUAAUCGUCACCUGGAAGAACAUGUCUUUCGCCGGAGGCAUAGAUAACUCCUUGUACAAGACGAACACGUUUCAACUGGUGCUGGCGACGGAUGAGGUGUUCACGUACGCUAUUUUCAACUACGCGGAUUUGCAGUGGACGAGUCACACGGAAGCGGGAGGUGACACUUCCGGCGGCGAAGGAGGAACCCCCGCCUUUGUGGGUUUCAACGCUGGAAACGGGACUCGCAGUUAUGAUUACUAUCCUUAUUCCCAGAGGUCGACAAUUCGAGAUCUCACUGGCCGUGGCUGGGCCAACGGGUUUCCCGGACGGCAUAUUUUCCGAAUUGACGAAAACAUCAUGCUCGGAACUUGCAAUAAAGAUGCCGCUGGAGCAACUCUGCCGCUUGUCUUUGCCCCCGAAAGUGGAAACAUGCUUGGUGGAACGGUAGUCAAUAUAACGGGACCAUGUUUCACCCCCAACAUGAAAAUUAGAUGCAAAUUUGAUAUCGUUGAUGUGGUGGGAACAGUUGUGAAUAAAAAUCGUGCCAUUUGCGUACAGCCUCUUCUAAUGGCAGAAGGAUACGUAAUUUUUGACAUUGCAAUUGAUGACGACAAGUACAACUGGAAAGGAAAAUACUUCGUAGAGACACCUGCUACUGCGACAGAGCGCAUAUUUUUCGAUACAAAAAGUGUUCACGAGCCAUACCCCGAGGAGAUCAAAAUAAGCUGGAACAAAUAUAAUUUAACCACCAAUUUGAAUGCCCCUCUAAGAAUCUCGCUUUAUGGCUACAAGGAAACAACUAUUUUACCGCAACUUCUGUACAUUGAUCUGCUGGAGGAUGGAGUACCAAAUACCGGAUCCUAUUCAAUAUCUCCUGGGAGCUACCGCAGUCGAAACAACGAGAUGAACGUCAAGGAUCUCCGCUUCGGUUUCAUACAGAUUAAUCUUACCGAUCCGAUAUCUCACGCUGGGAUUUCUGUCACUCCUGUGUUAUGGAGCAAGCCGAUUCCAUUGGCUUGGUAUUUCUCGGGUCAGUGGGAAAGGAUGUACGGCCAACGGUGGGCAGAGCGCAUGUGCGAUGAAUGGCUCAAAAAUGAUCGUUACCUCAAGAACUUUGCCGCAGAGGUUGCACAGUGUCCUUGCACUCUAGAACACGCUUUGGCGGACAAAGGUAGAUUCCUGCCUGAUUUCGAUUGCGACAAGGAUGCCAAUCCAGAUUGCAGGUACAAUAAAGGGGCUGUUCACUGUGUUCGGACUGGAGCGCCAAGUUUGGAGGGCUCUGAGCAGCAAUGCUGCUAUGACAAAAACCACUAUUUGAUGCUUUCUUACGACCAGCAAUGGGGAUCUAGACCACGUCGCUCCCAUAAUCUUGGCUACAUUCCUUGGACAGAAGCAAAUAAGGUGCCGACGUUGUCUCAAUGGUUCCACGACAUGAGCCCGUUCUACAUGUGCUGUUUAUGGCAGGAGGAGCAGGCCGUCGGUUGCGAAACCUUCCGAUUCGAGCGGCGCCCGUCCCAAGAUUGCGUCGCUUAUCAGUCGCCCACCGUCGGGACCGUUUUUGGAGACCCACACUUCAUUACUUUCGAUGACGUCCAGUACACGUUCAACGGCAAAGGGGAGUUCGUCCUCGUCCACACGAACUCGGAAAAAACAAAGCUGGAUAUCCAAGGAAGAUUCGAACAGCUUCCCGACAAUAUUUACGGCCCUGUCAGAGCAACACAGCUUACUUCCAUCGCAGCGCGUGACAAUACAUCUGCAAUCAUUGAAUUAAGGGUCCGGCCCCGUCACGCUCAAUGGCGGUAUAGAUUGGACGUGUUUGCGGACGGAAAGCGUGUCUAUUUUGAUCGACCUCCAUAUCGUAUUCAACAUUUCCAAGGAGUCACCGUUUACACACCAUCGCAUAUCCUAAACCAAUCAGAGGUCGUCGUCAUGUUCCAGUCCGGUGUCGGAAUUGAAGUUGUCGAGAACAUAGGAUACAUGACCGCCAGGGUUUACUUACCGAUGCAGUUCAUGAAUCAAACCGUUGGACUUCUUGGGAAAUGGAGCCUUGAUCAGAGUGACGAUUUCGUGCUCCCAGACGGCUCUACUGUCAACCCUAAUCUGAACAACUUUGAAAGGGUUCAUAGAGAUUUUGCGAUAAAAUGGCUACUGGAGGACCGGGAAGACAAGAAUAAAGGAGCAGCCCUAUUUCACCGGGAGUACGGACGCACGGCCAGUUACUACGCCAGCGAAUAUUUCGUCCCAGAAUGGCGGUCCACUCCCUUCGACAUAAUCCCGGCAAACCGAUCUCAAGAUGUCAUAAGAGCAAAUGAACUCUGUGGUGACUCGUACCAGUGUAAAUACGAUUAUGCGGUCUCUUUGAAUCGCGAUCUUGCCUACUACACUCUGUCCUACCAGAAGCAAUUCACGGCUAUCAAAUCGCAAAAUUCGCCCGAAAAAAGAGUGAUUUCUUGCGGGAUCCUGGAGACCCCGCGCUUCGGGCGGAAGAGUAACUUUUUAUUCGUUCCCGGAACGAAGGUAACCUUCGAGUGUAACCAGGACUUCGUUCUGAUCGGUGACCAACGAAGAACUUGCACUGCGGAUGGUCAUUGGGACAUCCCUGAAUACGGCUACACGGAAUGCCUUCGUCACGUGGAGUACGAAUCGAGGAACGCGUGGAUAACGAUAGGCAUAAUUGUAGUCAUAGUGGUACCAUUGUUAGUGGCGCUCUGUUGCUUCGCCAACUACGUCGUCCGGAAGCGUCGGUCGCUGGGUCCGGCCGGGGCGCCCGGCUCCUGGCAGUACGAGUCCGGCCCGGCGGCCCGGAAGCGGAUGUCCUUCGUCCAGGCCCUCGCCGGGACCCGCAGCCCGGAUCGCGAGGCCCGCUCCAAGGACCCGGAGAUCAACAAGGAGCUCUCAAACAUCUCCUUCACGCUCCGCAGCUCCGAGUCCUCGACGCCCUCCUCCAAGGACAAACCCCUGCCGGUCCUCUACGACGGCAUCUACCGCACCCACGAGCCGCUCCCCGGGAAACCCAACAUCGAGUUCGAGGACAAGGUCUGGGACCUGGAAUACGAGGAGGACAACACCACCCUCGGCAGCGAUAUCUCCACGCCCAUGUCCUCGCCCCAGUAUGCCGGGCCCGGGGCGAGGCCCCCGAGGGGGGCGCCGUCCCCCUCGUCGCUCCCCGCCUCCCCCUCCACCCUGACCUACACCCGCCAACCCCAGCAGCGGCAGGCUCUCCCUCGCCCGGUCCCUGUUGCUGAUCCCACCCGCCCUGUCCCCUCUAGCAGCGCUUCCCCGGACUCCACGGCUAGCCCCCCUGCCAAAACCCCCCAAAAACGGACGCAGAUCCAGACUUUGAUUUAGGAACAGGGUGGCAUUUCAUGAUAAAUAACAUCUUGAAAUUUCACGUGAAACUUUUCAUGAAAUGUCAGAAAUUAAUGAUAGAUAUUGAAAAAUACCGGUUACUUCUCAUGUGUCGCAAAAUUUAAAAAUUGUGACUUUCUCCUAAUUUUGAGUGAGUGCGGGUUGCAAACUUUAGCCCCUGAAGAAUAUGAAAUUAUAUCUCACAGCCUCGUGAUAUUUCACUGAAAGUUCCAAUCUUUUAUUUCUUUCUUACGUUUCAUGCCACCCAGUUUAGGAAUCUUUUGGUAAAAUUCUCGGUGUUGACUGAAUUUUGCGAAAAGAACUUAACUGGAACUGGGUUCUCCAGAUUAGUGCUGCGGAAUCGCUCUCAACUCUUAUAUGAGAAAUAAAAUUCUGAUGUACAAAGAGCUAAGUUCGUCAAUUAUUUAAUAAGUCAUUUAAGCGAAAUUAAUGAUAAACUUCUACGUAAAGGACUUGUCUAGACGUACAAAACUGUACAUAAAUAUGUAAUUUGAAUGUUUUUUGAUAUUUUAAGUCGUAAAGUUUAAGUUGUCUUUUAAUACUCUCGGGUUUCAACCAAUGAGCUUCUUGAGACCUGUACGAUUAAAAUUGUAUUUCUAUAACGACAAUACGGGUAAGUCUUGAUGAAUAGUUUCCUUGUAUAUGUACAUUCGAAAUGUUGAAAUUUUCAACCAUUUAGAUAGAACAAGAUAGGAAAUUUUGUACUUGAAAGUAGUUUUUGCUUUUCUUGAAGGAACAAUAUUUUUAAUUCAUCGAAAGUUUAUCUUUAGGAAAGUUCAAAUGGAUAUUUUUUCGAGACGCAUAGUUUUCGUUCCACUAGUUAUUCACACGCGGACGAGAUGAACAGUUUCAAGGAAAAGAACAAAAAAUACGUGUGGGUAAUAUUUUACAUGCCUCUGUUUUAAAACUGUAGCCUGAAAAUUGCUAAGUUGCAAUCAUGUCAAUAUUAAUAUGUCAUGUCAAUAUUAAUUGUCAUAUUUAAUUAUUUAUUCAAAUAACACUGCAGCUUGUUUUUCGUGCUAGCAAACGCUCAAGAAAGAACAGGUGAAAACCAGUAGGCGAAAUGAUAGGAAUGUAAAAUAUUGCAAUGUAAUUUAGCUCUCUCAGUUCUUGCAAAUUAUAAAUGAAAAAAAUUGAGAGAUACGAAUAAUUAAUUGAAAGGAUCCUCUCUUCAUUUUUUGUAUGUUCAGGAGCAAUAUUUUUGAAUCCUGUUUUUCAAAUGCACCUUAAGCCCUCAUCUCUUUGUAAGAAUUUCCUUGCUUUUCCAAUCGUGCACAUCCUCACUCUCAUCAUGUCAUUCCGCACUAUUGUCACAUCCAUCUGUCGGAGCAGUUAGAGAUCACCGGCGAAUCGCAAUCUAUUUUUGUUGUAAAAAAUGGGUCAAAAUUCAGGUGAAGAGGAACAUGAAUGAAAGUACUGAUACUUAAGCUGGAAAUUCAAUUUCCACCUGAAUGCAUGGCACCAGCUAGCACCUUCGCAAAUGCGUAUAGUAAAAUCGGGGUUUGACUCGGAAAGGCGACCAAACUGACUCCCCGACAACGCGGAGAGUAUGGCCAGGAUUUGAAGGCGCUAAAAACCGAGUUCGACUGCAUGCCACUUGCAAAUUGCCGUACAUUUCUGACUGACUGCGACUUUCACUCGAUUAACAUGCCUCCUUAUUCUUUGAAAGGAGUGUCUUUGCGCUAAUGAUGGUACCACAAUCUUAUGAUUCAAGAGGUUCCUAACAAUUAUUUUUUGCGUGUUACUCCUAAUUGAGUACUGACUCUCGUAUUUGAGUUUCAUCGAGUCAGUCGAUUGUAUUUUACCAACCCGUUCUCCGAGGAGAAACGUUGUGAAAAAAUACAGUUGUAUGGUUUUAUGUUAGCUUUAACUUUCAAAUCUCGUAAUAUGUUCCCUGAAAAGCAAACAUUCAUAUUGGUUAGUCAUGAUUUUGUCGUUUAAGUACUCCAUAUUAUUAUUACGUUGAAUGAUAAAUUAGUCAAGUACUGAUCAAAAUUGUUAAAUGCAAUUUUCACGUAUGUGAACAAAUUAGUGGAAUGAAAACUAUGGUUUUGUAGCAUUAUUUGAUGAGUAAAUCAAGUGUCAUCUUCCUGGUGACACGCUUUCUAGCUUAAGCGCUCUGACUGAGGGUAUGUGAUAAUUUUGUACAUUAUAUUCCCCCCUCUCCUUAUAUCUUGCCGUCCAAUGCUGCCGCUCAUGUGAGUACUUUUGUUUAAGUAUACAUUUUUAAUAAAGCUCUUCUAAAUUUAGGACUCAA